ACUUCCGGGGCGCUCUGGGACACUUCCGGGGCGUGUGUUUCGGAGCGUGCGGUUUGUCCAGGAUCAGAACCAGAAUCUGGACCAAGACCACGACCGGGACUUAAACUAGGACCUGGACCAGAACCAGAGAGUGACCCCGGACCAGAGGCGGAGAUGGCUCGUAACGCGGAGAAGGCCAUGACGGCUCUGGCCCGGUUCCGUCAGGCACAGUUGGAGGAGGGAAAAGUCAAGGAGCGGCGGCCAUACCUGGCGUCUGAGUGUGAUGAACUCCCCAAAGCCGAGAAGUGGAGACGCCAGAUCAUCAGUGAAGUCUCAAAGAAAGUCGCCCAAAUCCAGAAUGCCGGCUUGGGCGAGUUCCGGAUCCGGGAUCUGAACGAUGAGAUCAACAAACUCCUGAGAGAAAAACGCCACUGGGAAGUCCGCAUCAAAGAGCUGGGAGGACCGGACUACAGGAGGUUCGGGCCCAGGAUGUUGGACCAUGAAGGUCGAGAGGUUCCUGGAAACAGAGGAUACAAAUACUUUGGAGCAGCACGAGACCUUCCUGGAGUCAGAGAGCUGUUUGAGAAAGAACCGGCCCCGGAGGUGAGGAAGACGAGGGCGGAACUGAUGAAGGACGUGGACGCCGAGUAUUACGGAUACAGAGACGAAGAUGAUGGUGUGCUGCUGCCACUGGAGGCACAGCAUGAGAAGAACGUGAUCCAAGAGGCUGUGGAGAAGUGGAGGUCUGAGAAAGAUCAAAACAGAACAGAGGAAGAAGAGGACAUUUAUAAAGUUACAGACCAUCAGGAAGAAGACGAAGGUGCUGAUGAAGAUGAAGGAGAAGAAGGAGCCAUGUUCACUGCUCACGUCCCCGUCCCCUCCCAGAAAGAGGUGGAGGAGGCUCUGAUCCGAAGGAAGAAGAUGGAGCUGUUACAGAGAUACGCCAGUGAGACUUUACAGCACCAGAGCCGAGAGGCACGGACUCUGCUUGGACUGUGACAGCAGUACUACUGCUACUACAAGUAGUUCUACUAUUGCUAGUACGGCUACUGCUACUACCACCAUCACCUGCAGACCAUGACUCGACUCCACAACUAUUUUCUGUAAAUAUGUUUUGUAACUUUUUUCAUUAAAAAAAAUUGAAAC